CGCUGCUGGGACGUGGCACUGGCGCCGCUGAAGCAGAUUCCCAUGAACCUGUUCAUCAUGUACAUGGCUGGCAACACGAUCUCCAUCUUCCCUGCCAUGAUGGUCUGCAUGAUGGGCUGGCGUCCACUGCAGGCCCUCAUGUCACUCUCUGCCACACUGAAGGCGCUGGAGAGCUCGAGCCGGCGGGCUCUGCAGGGGCUGGUGUUCCUGGUGGGCAAUGGGCUGGGGCUGGCGUUGGCCCUCUACAAGUGCCAGGCCAUGGGUCUGCUGCCCACCCGCCCCUCCGAUUGGCUGGCCUUCGUCACCCCCCCACAGCGGAUGGAGUUCACUGGGGGGGGCCUGAUCCUGUGACCCAAUGCACCAAACAAUAAAGGCAAUGGCAGGCUGGUG